AUGUCAGAAGAUAAACCAAGAGGUAUUUUAAGAAAUAAAUCAGUGAGUGAAAGCGCCGAAUCAAAUGCGGAUAGAUUAGACCGUCAGGAAGUUAUUAAAAAUACUAGGCUAAAUGCCCAAUUGGCAUCAGAAUCGUCAAAAGGAGACAAAAUAAGAGCCAAGAUCGCAGAGGCUAAAUCACAUCAAAGAGACGACGACGGGAAUGAAUCACAUGGAGAAAAGCCGUCAGAUCACUUACAAUGGGAUGAGGUGAACUUGUAUAAGACGGAGCAAGAGAAAUGUGCAACGAUGAAAAUUGAUGAGCCAAAGACGCCGUAUGAAGGGGGAUUCAAUCCGGAGGGAGAAUACUACAAGGAUGAUGAGGACGAGAUUCCAGACUUUGAAUUGGGAAGUGGAGAAUACGAUCAUAUUGAGGACAAGGGGUCGUCGCUCAAUGGUGGUGAGGUGAUUAAGGACCCUCGAUACGAAGAAGAGGAGUCAAAGGAGAAUGAAGAACCGGCCGAGACGACGGAAGAGAAACAUAAGAGGUUUGAGGAAAUGAGAAAAGAGCAUUACCACUUGAAGGGAAAUGCGUUGAAGCAGAAGAUUGAGAUUUCUGAUGAAGACGACGAAUAA